AUGAAUUGGGAGAGUCUUAGACCUGGGUUUGGAGGGGAAUUUGAGAAUGUUGAUGCGCACUUUCCUGGAAAUGUGUCAAAAGCGAAAACAACAGUGAAAUGCAUUUUUGAGGAAACAUUCUUUUCAAGCAUUAGAAAUCGAUUAGUUUUGGAUUUUGUCGGCGAAAUGAACUCUGUUGAUAAUUUUUUUUAUGUUCCGAGAGAAUUUCUUUUGCAAUUUAUACUCAGUGAGAAUCACAAUAUCGCGGAUAUCAACAGGAUUCCAAAUUAA